AUGGGUUGGAAGAACAUCACCGAUAUGGGUUGGAAGAACAUCACCGAUAUGGGUUGGAAGAACAUCACCGAUAUGGGUUGGAAGAACAUCACCGAUAUGGGUUGGAAGAACAUCACCGAUAUGGGUUGGAAGAACAUCACCGAUAUGGGUUGGAAGAACAUCACCGAUAUGGGUUGGAAGAACAUCACCGAUAUGGGUUGGAAGAACAUCACCGAUAUGGGUUGGAAGAACAUCACCGAUAUGGGUUGGAAGAACAUCACCGAUAUGGGUUGGAAGAACAUCACCGAUAUGGGUUGGAAGAACAUCACCGAUAUGGGUUGGAAGAACAUCACCGAUAUGGGUUGGAAGAACAUCACCGAUAUGGGUUGGAAGAACAUCACCGAUAUGGGUUGGAAGAACAUCACCGAUAUGGGUUGGAAGAACAUCACCGAUAUGGGUUGGAAGAACAUCACCGAUAUGGGUUGGAAGAACAUCACCGAUAUGGGUUGGAAGAACAUCACCGAUAUGGGUUGGAAGAACAUCACCGAUAUGGGUUGGAAGAACAUCACCGAUAUGGGUUGGAAGAACAUCACCGAUAUGGGUUGGAAGAACAUCACCGAUAUGGGUUGGAAGAACAUCACCGAUAUGGGUUGGAAGAACAUCACCGAUAUGGGUUGGAAGAACAUCACCGAUAUGGGUUGGAAGAACAUCACCGAUAUGGGUUGGAAGAACAUGACCGAUAUGGGUUGGAAGAACAUGACCGAUAUGGGUUGGAAGAACAUCACCGAUAUGGGUUGGAAGAACAUGACCGAUAUGGGUUGGAAGAACAUGACCGAUAUGGGUUGGAAGAACAUCACCGAUAUGGGUUGGAAGAACAUCACCGAUAUGGGUUGGAAGAACAUCACCGAUAUGGGUUGGAAGAACAUGACCGAUAUGGGUUGGAAGAACAUGACCGAUAUGGGUUGGAAGAACAUCACCGAUAUGGUUGGAUUUAGAUUUUUUGUACGAAGAAUGACAGAGUCCUCAGAAGAAGAUUCAUCACCUUUGAUUGGAGUAAUAAAUGAAGGCACUAACACUGCAAGUUUUGUGCUGAUUAGUUCAAAAACAUGGGAGGAGAUUGUGUACCAUACAGAAAGAAUUAAACAAAUAUGUCCUCACGAGGGUUGGCAGGAGCAGGAUCCAAUGGAGAUUAUUGAUCUUGUUAGAAAAUGCAUCAGUGAAACUCUUCUCAAAAUGGAAGAACAGGGUAUUGACAUAAGUAGAAUAGUGACCCUUGGUAUAACAAAUCAAAGGGAGACAUCCAUUCUGUGGGAUUCAACAACUGGCCAGCCACUUUACAAUGCAAUUGUUUGGUCUGACAUACGGACAGCAUCAUUAAUAGACAAUGUUUUGGCAAAAGUUCCUCACAACGACAAAAAUGCAUUGAAACCUAUUUGUGGCCUUCCCAUUAGUACAUUAUUUAGUGCCCUGAAAAUAAGGUGGAUGAUAGAAAAUGUGCCUGAAAUUCGAAAGGCAAUUAGGGAACAAAAGUGCAUGUUUGGCACUGUCGAUACCUGGAUAGUAUGGAAUUUGACGGGUGGUGUCAAAGGAGGUUUGCAUAUAACAGAUGUUACAAAUGCAUCCAGGACAAUGCUUAUGAAUAUAGAAAGUCUUCAGUGGGAUUCAGUACUCUGUAGGUAUAUGCAAGUACCUAAGGAAAUUCUUCCUACUAUUCAUAGUUCAUCUGAAAUAUAUGGUUAUGUAGCAGAGGGACAAUUGAAGAAUAUUCCAAUAUCAGGGAUUUUAGGUAACCAGCAAUCAGCAUUGAUUGGAGAAAUGUGUCUAAAUGAGGGAGAGGCAAAGAGUACUUACAGAGCUGGUUGUUUUGUGGUCUACAAUACUGGCACAACACGGAUAGACUCAACUCAUGGUUUAGUAACAACAGUUGCUUACCAACUGGGCAAGUCAGCAUCACCAAAUUAUGCUCUGGAAGGUUCUGUGGCAGUUGCUGGGUCAUCCAUAAUGUGGUUAAAAGAAAAUAUGAAUCUAAUUGAUAGUGUCCCAGAAUCAGAAAAUGUGGCUGAUGAGGUCAAGACAACUGGUGAUGUUUACUUUGUCCCAGCCUUUACUGGACUUUAUGCUCCCUACUGGAGAAAUGAUGCCCGUGGAAUUCUUUGUGGGCUAACAGAGUUUACAACAAAGCAGCACAUAGUUCGAGCAUGCUUGGAAGCUGUAUGUUACCAAGUGAGAGAUAUAUUAGAAGCCGUGAGGAAGGAUACAGGACUUACUUUAAUAACUUUGAAGGCUAAUGGAACAAUGGCACAAAAUGAUCUACUCCUGCAGCUUCAGGCAGACAUAUGUGGAAUUCCUGUUGAUCGUUCAGCUAUACCUGAUGUUUCAACCCUGGGUAUAGCAUUGACAGCUGCCCAAGCUGAGGGUAUUGAUUUGUGGAAUGGUUCACCUAGUGCUCUGAAUUUCCACACUAAUCAUUGUUUUGAACCAUGUAUAAGUAAUGAAGAACGGAACCACAAGUACAACAAAUGGAAAAUGGCAGUUCAGAGAAGCUUUGGAUGGGCCACUACAAAGAAGUCCCUAGCUAUGACAGAUGAAAGAUACAGACUCCUGGCUUCUCUACCUGGCACUUUGUUCCUCAUCACGAAUUUUAUUUUCCUAAUUUUAAGCAAAGAAUUUGCUAAGGAGCAGUCUUAA